UCAGUCAGUUGCUGGUCGUCGUCGCAGCGUUUAGUUGUCUUUUGGAAUUUUUGCGCAAACUGCAUAAAAAAAAAUAAAACAACCACAAUAAAGAAAUGUUUAGUAAAUAAGCAAACGAAUAUUCAGAGUGUGAAUGUGUGAUGAAAAAAUAAAAGUUUCGGCGAAACACAAACAUAAACGAAUAAGAACAAAAGAGAAAAACAGUCGCAGCUUUAACAUAGUUUGGUCAUGCAAGUCAUGAUCUUGGCUCGAAACCGGCAUCAGUCACAGCCUUGAUGACGCAUUCGAUUACGAGCACGAUACCCGAUUACAACAACGAAUACGAAUACGAUUAAAAGUAUCUGUAUCUUUAGCUCUUGCUGUUUUAUUCGCUUGAGAUGCUUGGCGCGCAAAUUUCGCCGUACCUGGGCAGCUGCUUUUUGCUAGUCUUGUUAGCCACGCUGCACGCUGUUUUUGUUGUCGGCGCUCAUGUGGCCGAUGCGCCACAACUGGCCAAUAACAACAACAACAACAACGAUGCGGGUGUAGUGCUGGUGAAUAAAUGCUGUGAAAAGUUCGAGAUACACGUGAAUAACACAUGCCAGCAGGUCAACGAAACGGACUACUUUGAGCCCAUGUUUACCAGCUAUGGUGGCGAUCAGAACAGAAAUGUGGCACAAUUCAAGUUCGUCAUUGGAAUGCCCAACUGUGGCUCCAAGCAAAUGUGGCCCGUUCUCGACUAUCUUGGCAGCUACGAUAAAUUGGUGCUUCUGGAUGAUGGCAAAUUGCGACAUUACACCAAUGCCGAAGAUGAGAGCGAUGAACGACGCGGCGUCCAAAGUGAUUACGACGAAGACAUGGUGGAGGCCAAUAAACCACGUUAUUAUGACUACGAACUGGGGCAGUAUUGCCUCGAUAAGGCCAUUUCUCCGGAGCAUAAACACAGCCUUUUUGCUCACAUUUGCUUGGCGAAGAAGGAGAGCAGCUGGAAUGACUCAAACUUUCUGUUGCGCAAAAUACUCAAUCCCAUAUUCCAUGGCAUAUCGUUGAUCAUUCUGCUGGUAAUCGCCAUCAUUUAUUUUAUUCUGCCCACCCUAAGCAGAGAUCUGGUUGGCAACAUUGUGACCACCAUUGCAAUGUGUCUGAUGGUCAGCCAGGCAGCGGAUCUCGUCUGCAUAUUCACAGAUUUCACCAACCAUGUUAGCUUCAUUGUAGCCGACAUCAUUUUAUGCUUCAGCUUGUUGGCCGCAUUCUUUUGGCUCAACAGUUUCGGGUAUUACAUUUGGAAGACAUUCCGCUCCAGAAAUGUGUUUCUGCGUGUGACCGAUGGACGCAAGUAUUGCUAUUAUUCGGCCUAUGCCUGGGGCUGCACAGCCAUUAUGGCGGGCAUGGCGGUCUUUGCGCAUUUCUUUCUCGAUGCGGACUCGUAUAAGAAAGAGAAUAUGCGGGGAGAACAGCAAACGAUCGGAUGGCUGGGAAUCUGCAUCUUUUUUGCGCCCAUUGCCUGCACCAUCAUUAUCAACAUUUUCUUCUAUGUGACCACCAGGAAGCUAAUCAAUCGUCGCACAGUCUACGGACGAAUUGCGCACAAACUAAAGGCCAACUUCAUCAUGUUUUCACUGAUGCUAUUGGUCAUGUCCUUUGCCUGGCUGUUCCUCACAAUGUCCUGGCUGGCCCUGGACGGUCUGCUCUAUGCACACAUCAUUGUGAACGCAUUCCAGGCUCCUCUGCUGCUUUACAUCUGUGUGUUGCGGCAGCGACACGUCACUUUUUUGCUGAAGAAGUCGUGUUGCUACAAUGAGCCGCCAUCGGCCAGCGAUUGGGGCGAUGAGAUGCACUACAUGAAUGGUGGUGGUGCCAACGACUAUUGAGCAAUCGAUCAGCAAUAAUUUUAAGCUAUACUCUAAGUGUUUUUCUUUAGUUUAACAAUGUGAAACAUUGGCGAUUUGUACUUAUUACUAAUUUAUGCCACCCGAGCAACUAAUUAAACAAAACAAAGUCUGACACAUA